ACGCGACUCUGAGGCUGAGAGUGACGCGUGGCGGGAAGAAGACAAGAGACCCCCACGCGCUUGGCAUGCGAGAGGUGGCGGGAUCGAUUCCCGCAUCUUCCAAGGGUUCUCCUUGGGAGAGGACAGAGCGAGGUCGCGCUCUGGGUUCACGAUGGCUGGCUGGAGGCAGCUUCAAGUCCAGCUGCUGCUGAUGAUGCUGAUGGACGUGAGCGGACGGCCUCACCCAUCACCUCCUCCCAUCUCUGUGUGGAUCACGGCAGAAAUCGAGCGAAACCUUGUCGUUUUUAUCUGCACGGUGUCGAGAAAUCCGGAGGAUGCCGAGAUAGAGUUUAGCAACCCUCACGGGAAGACAUACUACUUCCAGAACCACCGAGCCUACGAUGACCCGCGUGUCUACAUUAUAAGAUGGAGCUACACCGCUGCGGACCUCCUCCUCUCCCAACCCACCCCGCGGGACCAGGGGCACUACAGCUGCUCCCUCUCCAGCCCAGACAGCCCCAGGGCCAGCGUCUGGCUCGCCGUCAGCGCUGCUCCACUCUCUGUGUGGGCCACGGGAGACACGGUGUCCAAGGGAGACACGGCCACGCUACGCUGCACCGUGUCAGACAAUCCGGACUCAGACUCAAUUCAGUGGAGCAACCCUCAAGGUCACACACUCUACUUCGAGAGCGUCAAGGCCCACACAGACCCGCGUGUCUCUCUGCUGCACUGGAGCUCCACCAGGAUGGACAUCACCAUCUCGCGCGUCACCUCGCGGGACCAGGGGCUCUACAGCUGCUCCCUCUUCAGCCUGGGGACCCCCACGGCGUACGCGUCACUCACCGUCAGAGCUGCUCCGCUCUUUGUGUGGGCCACGGGAGACACGGUGUCCGAGGGAGACACGGCCACUCUACGCUGCACCGUGUCAGACAAUCCGGACUCAGACCCAAUCCAGUGGAGCAACCCUCACGGUCACACACUCUACUUCGAGAGCAUCAAGGCCCUCAUGGACCCGCGUGUCUCUCUGCUGCACUGGAGCUCCACCCGGCUGGACGUCACCAUCUCGCGCGUCUCCACGCGGGACCAGGGGCUCUACAGCUGCUCCCUCUUCAGCCUGGGGACCCCCACUGCGUACGCGUCGCUCACCGUCAGAGACAGCACCACCACCAUCACCGUUUCCAAAACCACCAUCACCGCCGCUGCCGCUGAUGAUGAUGAUGGCAUCUAUGUAAUUACUGAGAGAAGGAGCGGAGAGAGUAUCCCGGAUUUGAAGAAUGUUACCGAAGAGAGAUACACGGGGAGACAGACACAGAAUUAGAGACACGGGAAGAGAGACAUGGGGAGAUAGACACACGGGGAGAGAGACACGGGGAGAGAGACACACGGGGAGAGAGACACGGGGA